AUGACAAUCGUCACAAAUACUAGUAAAUCUAACUCCAAAAUCAACAAGUCAUCUACUUCCAGAAAACCAGCAGGAACAACUACAAGACUAACAGGAGCGACUACUACUCUAACUAGUAAACCCCGCCAGCAACAACAGAAGCAUCAGCAGCAUAAGCAGCAUGAGUUGACUCCUGACCAAAAACAAGAAAUUCGAGAAGCAUUCGAUUUGUUUGAUACUGAUGGUAGUGGCACUAUUGAUGUCAAGGAGCUCAAAGUUGCCAUGAGAGCACUUGGCUUUGAACCCAAAAAAGAAGAAGUCAAAAAAAUGGUGCAGGAUAUCGACAAGAGCGGAUCUGGCAUUAUCGAUUUUAACGAGUUUCUUGAACUCAUGACUGCAAAAAUGGCAGAAAAAGACUCGAAAGAAGAAAUCUUGAAGGCUUUCAAGCUAUUUGAUGACGACGAGACGGGCAAAAUAUCCUUCAAGAAUUUGAAACGGGUUGCCAAAGAGCUUGGAGAAAAUCUAACUGAUGAAGAGCUGCAAGAAAUGAUUGACGAGGCAGAUCGAGAUGGCGAUGGCGAAAUCAACGAAGAGGAUUUUCUACGUAUUAUGAAAAAGACGGUAAGCGUAUCGUGUUGA